CACUCUCUAACUGCCUGGCUAACAUGAUCUACCUAUAAUUUGUCUCCCUAAAUUAUUCAAUCUAAGGUCAACGAGAAAAAUAUGAAAAAAUAAAAAAUUUUAUGUAUGCCAAAGUAAAUAUCAAUAACUUAGGACAUAAGUUUUUCUAUAAUUUUUUAUUAAAAUAAUGUUCACACAAUUCUUUGUGUAUCUUACAUAUUUUUUUAUGGUUCAAAAGAUAAAUUUUCAUGGUAUAAAAUAGAAAAUAUACAAAAAAAGGUGUGUAUAAAAGUAAUGCAUCAUGUAACGUUUCUCAUUUUUAAAAAAACUUUGUAAAUUGCUUUUAGGCAAGUUUAGUUAGGAAAAUAGAAUAAAAAUAUAGAGAUACACAAAAAGAGUGUGUUAAGUGUUAGUGAUAUGAGAAAAUUAAUAAAAUAAUAAAAUAGAUGUUAAUGACUCUUGAAUUUAUAAUGUUUAUAAUAUGUAAGCUUCAUUAUCUUAAUUCAAUGAUAAUUAGAUAUUUAUUUUUUUUAUUUUACCAAUUUUCUCACUUUAAAAAAAUUUGAUCCGACAAGAUGCAUUAUGGGACAAAUCAUAUUUAUAUAUACAAAUUUAUGAAAUGUGGAUAAAAUACUAAAAGAUUAUUGUAUUGUUUUUUCGUUUCUUUUUAUUUAUUUUGUCUUAUCUAAAAGGUCUAAUUUAGACACAAUCUUACUAAUUGCUAUUCUAAUCAUCAAAUAACGUGCCUAACUACUUACACUAAAAACUUAAAAUAAAAAACUGUAUAAUUUUAAUAUUCCUUCAAGAUUUCAAUCUAUAUAUAGACAACUGCUCUAUAUUGUUGCCCCCAUAACAAGUCUAAAGCAGAGAAAAAUGGGAAGCAAUAUUGUAAGAGAGAAAGUGAAGCUUCUUGUGGCAUUACUUGCACUGCAAUUCUGCUUUGCAGGAUUUCACAUUGUAUCAAGACUUGCACUAAACAUUGGUGUUAGCAAAGUUGUUUACCCUGUAUAUAGAAAUCUAAUUGCUUUGAUUUUGUUGACCCCAUUUGCCUAUCUAUUAGAGAAGAAUCAAAGACCAUCUCUUACACUAUCUCUAUUGGUUCAGUUCUUCCUAUUAGCAUUAUUGGGGAUCACUGCAAACCAAGGCUUUUACUUGUUGGGAUUAUAUUAUGCUUCUCCAACUUUUGCCUCUGCAAUGCAAAACUCAGUUCCUGCUAUCACUUUUAUCUUGGCCUUAACUUUAAGGCUUGAGAAAGUGAACAUGGCAAGGAGAAAUGGAUUAGCAAAAGUUAUAGGAACCAUUGCAAGUGUUGGUGGUGCUACUAUUAUUACUCUAUACAAAGGUCCUCCUCUUCUUCAGUUACAAAGCCAUCAAACACUUGGAGAUCAUAAUUCCGAAGAAAUGCAACAAAAUUGGAGAUGGGGUUGCAUAUACUUGCUUGGACAUUGUUUUUCAUGGGCUGGUUGGAUGGUUUUUCAGGCUCCUGUGGUGAAGAAGUAUCCGGCGAAACUUUCGCUCACCGCGUUCACAUGCUUCUUCGGAUUGAUCCAAUUCUUGAUCAUAGCAGCCUUUGUAGAAACUGACUUGAGAAAUUGGAAGAUAGUAUCAUUACAAGAGCUUUUCCUCAUUCUAUAUGCUGGAAUUGUAUCAUCUGCAAUUGUCAUCUUUCUUCAAACAUGGUGUAUCCAAAAGGGUGGCCCUGUGUUUGUUGCUGCCUUUCAGCCGUUGCAAACAGUCCUAGUAGCUCUCAUGGCAGCAAUAAUUCUUGGUGAUCAGUUAUACUCUGGAGGGGUUAUUGGUGCAAUCCUCAUUGUGCUUGGUCUCUACUUAGUCCUAUGGGGAAAAACCAGUGAAAAGAACAUUACUGAACCACCAUCAUCAUUAACAAAGCCCUUGUUGCUGAAUGAAGAGGAAGAGAUUAAAGUUGAUGAUGCAGCUUCAAAAGACAUACCAUGAGAAUGAGAGAGAGGGGUAUCUGAACCACCAAAUCAAUGGUUAUUUGGUUAACAACUUAGCAUCAACAAUAUUGUUAUCACAUAAUUAUAUUUAUUUAUGCGUAGCUGGCUAAGCUGGAUUAUUAAUAAUAGCACUUAACGUGAUGAUGACAUUACAUUCACAUGUAUAUAUAUUAUGAGCUUUAUAUAUGAAAAGCAAAUUUCCUACAUUAUUUGUUCAUGUUUUGAUACCAUUAAAUAUAAACAAAGAAAAACAAUUAAAAAAUCUGGUAAACAAUUAAAAAGAUUUUAGACUUAAUUUGGUGGGGUGCGCCAGGCCCAUGCAGCAGUGUAAGGCUUGGGCGACGCUUGACAGGCCCAGUAGCAAGCUACUGUAAUGGCCCAUCCCCCUCAAAAAAUAAAUUUAAUAUCGUGUGGACCAAUGGCCCACA